GAUUCAAUGAUAAAUGUCAAAAGAAUCUUUUUUGUAAUUUCUGCGCCACAUUUUUUUCCAUACAAUCGAAAGGUGAAUCGCUUUGUGUUGAUUUGAUAUUUUGAUACACAAAAUUUUGUGAAAGCUGCAAACCAAGUGCACCGGCAAAGAUGUCUGAGGUUGAAAAGAAAGAAGUUGUUGGCGAACAAAAUGGUACGACUGAAGAAAAUGUAGAGGUUGUCGAUGAAAAAACGGCAGAUGUAAAAAAGCCCAAAAAGAAGAAACCGAAUUCAAAAAAGCAAAAAGCGGCCGAAUUGAAAGAGAGCAAUGCCGGUGAAAAUGAUGAAAAUAAUGUAAAUGACGAGAAGGAAAAUGAUGGUGGUGAAGCGGUCGAAGGUGAUGGCGAUGAUGCAGCUGGUGAUGAUGCGGCCAAAAAGAAAAAGAAGAAGAAGAAUAAAAAUAAAAAUAAGGCUAAAAAUGAUGGUAAAAAGGUGCAAACAACACCACCAAGCAUCUCAAUUGUUGAACUCUAUCCGGAUGGUAAUUAUCCCGAAGGUGAAAUUUUGCGACAUCCAACAUUUGAGGAUGAUCGCAAAGCAGCCGAUCGUUUUACGAGCGAAGAAAAACGUGCAUUGGAUCGUUUGCACACCGACAUUUAUAAGGAACUUCGUUUGGCCGCCGAAGCACAUCGUCAGACACGUCAAUACAUUCAAAAUUGGGUAAAGCCCGGCAUGACAAUGAUUCAAAUAUGCGAAGAAUUGGAAAAUACUGCCCGUAAAUUGAUUGCUGAGAAUGGUUUAGAGGCCGGACUUGCAUUUCCAACGGGUUGUUCAUUGAAUCAUUGUGCCGCUCAUUAUACACCAAAUGCAGGCGAUACCACAGUAUUGCAAUACGAUGACAUUUGUAAAAUUGAUUUUGGUACACAUAUUAAUGGUCGUAUCAUUGAUUGUGCAUUUACAUUGGCAUUCAAUCCGAAAUUCGAUAGGCUCAAGGAAGCUGUAAAAGACGCCACCAACACCGGUAUCCGUGAGGCUGGUAUUGAUGUUCGACUGUGCGACAUUGGUGCGGCUAUCCAAGAGGUCAUGGAAUCGUAUGAAGUGGAAAUUGAUGGUAAAACGUAUCAGGUGAAAAGUAUUCGUAAUCUGAAUGGUCAUUCAAUCAGUCCAUAUCGUAUACAUGCUGGUAAAACGGUGCCCAUUGUCAAGGGUGGCGAAACAACGCGCAUGGAAGAAAAUGAAUUCUAUGCCAUUGAAACAUUCGGUUCGACCGGACGUGGUUUGAUUCACGAAGAUAUGGAAUGUUCACAUUAUAUGAAAACAUUUGAUACACCAUAUGUUCCAUUACGUUUGCAAUCAUCGAAGUCAUUGUUGAAUACAAUCAACAAAAACUUUAGUACAUUGGCAUUCUGUAAACGGUGGUUAGACAGAGCCGGCGCCACAAAAUACCAAAUGGCGCUCAAAGAUUUAUGUGACAAGGGUGUCGUUGAAGCUUAUCCACCGUUGUGCGAUAUCAAAGGAUCAUACACGGCUCAAUAUGAACAUACAAUCAUGCUUCGACCAACAUGCAAAGAAGUCGUUUCACGUGGCACAGACUACUAAAAAGAUUUUGUUUUUUUGUUUCACUCUGAAUCAGAUGAAUUUUAUUUGUCUUUAAUUGAAUAAUCAAUCAUUUUUUAAAUCGGUUACUGUAUCCCUUGAACAUCGACAUUCAAAACCACACAAUAACUCUUUGUUACUCACACAGUCACACACACACACACACCCAUAGUCUGAGAGACUUUUAUAGUCCUUUACAGUGACUUUUAUCGCAAAAGUGCUUUACACCCUUCAUUACGUUUCCGUUGACAUUAAAUUCCGAUUACUGAUAAACAUUUUUUUUUAUUGAAAUGGUUAAAACCGUCGAGUGUUUUUUUUUACAAUGUACGAUGUUUGAGCUAUCAAAUAUUAAUAAAACAUAUACCAGAUU